GAGAAUAUACUCUCUUCAAAAUUAGCGCGCUCAGUAUACUCUGCACGCGCUGCGAUGACAACCUGCUAGAUGUCUCGCCGAGUAACAAAUUAAUCAUCAAGCAUGUAAAGAAGGAUAAGAGAGGAAUAGAUAGAUAGAUAGAAGAAACAUAGAAGUAACCUAACAGAAUAAGUGAUAAAAGCAAAGUUGUAAGAAGAGUCAGAUAAUUGACCUAAAUUGUCGUUUCUCUUAUUUACAGAGAAACAAAUUUGGUUAAUUCAUUUCGAUCGCCCUAACUCCAGGGAAAGAACAUCACAUUAUAAAACGACAAUUUCUGUCACAAGAUGAAAUUAAGAUUUGCAUUCAAAGCGGUGGUGUCCCCAAAGGAUAGCAAAUCUACGGUUGCGGCCAUAACCUCAAUCGCUACAGAAGAUGGGGAACAAUACGCUAUACCAGAUGAACUCAUCUAUGCAGAUUAUCACGGAGAAUUAACAAAGACGGAGAAUUUCAAAAAAGUAAAAGAAUCAUUAGGAAGGAGGCACGAUGAGUUGAAAAUAUGGAUAACGCUGACAAAAGAAUUGGAAAAGACAUACGUAGACGAAGAAGGAAAUAUCCAGUUUGGAGGAAAAUAUUUAAAACAAAUAGCGCGAGGACACACUGAAGAAAACUCAGAUUUGGCAAAAAUACUGGGAAAACUAGUGGAAAACUCAGAAAAAAAAGAAGAAGAGAAAAAUUUAAAACACAUUAUAGAUAAAUUUGUAUUAGGGAAAUUCAACCAUAAAACAUCCAAUGUUAAACAAUGGUUAGACACAUUCGAGAAGGAAUGUGGAAGAUUUAAUAUAGAAAAGGAUAAAACCAAAAUCGAAUUAUUGAGAGCAUUUUUAGACGGAACAUGCCAAGACUGGUACACUUCUACAGUAAUAAGAGGGGAACAUGAAGACGAUUGGCAGGGAUGGAAGCAAGAACUAAUAGAAACCUUCGCAAAUAAAGGAUGGAGUAGCAGAACAUAUGCUCACUAUUUUAAGUACAAGGAAGGCUCACUAAUACAAUAUGCAAUAAAGAAAGAACGACUAUUACUGGAAAUAAACAAGGACAUGGACGCGGAUACAAUGAUAGAUAGGAUUGCAUUUGGCUUACCAGAUUUCAUCAGAGAGAAAAUUGACAGGGAAGAAAUAAAAAAUACAAGAGAUUUAGUGAAUGAAUUACAGAAGCUUGAAGGAAUAACAGAUAAAAAGAAAACAUUUAGAAAAGAAGGCAAACCAGAAAACAGAGUUAAGAAUGAAGAAAGGAAACCAUGCAAAACAUGUGAGGAGAUGGAUAAAGGUGCAAGAUAUCACCCAGAAGAGAAAUGCUGGUUUAGACGAGAAGAAAAAGAGAAGCCAAAAGCCAUAGGAAGCAAUUCAGUAAUAGAAGUAGACCUAAGUACAGAGAAAAAAAACGAAUAGUCACACCAUUGAUCAAACUUAAAAUGCUAGUCGAGAAUCAGAUAGAGAUAAUGGGAACAUAUGACCCAGGCUCUCAAGUCUCCUUAAUAAACUCGAAAUGGAUAAAGAUAAAGGAUAAUAGAGAAGAUGUAAAUAGGAUAUUUUUAAAGUCGAUCAAUGGUGUGAAUUACACAAAUGGAUUGGUAAGAAUAAGAAUAAAAAUAUAUAAUAUAGAAAAAGAAGUAGAAGUAUACAUAGUUGAAAGAGAGGAUUUCGAAGAUUUUAUAAUAGGAUUGGAUUUAAUCCCCACGUUCAAGUUGAGACUGAAUGAAAAUUUAGAGAUCUCACAGAAAAUAGAAGAAGGGAUAGAAGAACCAAAGAUAAUACUAAGGGAAAUAGAAAAUGAAACGGAAAAGUGUUCAGUUAAUUUUAACGAACACGUGGAAACAAACGAAUUCCAAAUAAAUAUAGAACAUUUAGACAAAGAUAAAAAAAUUAAGAUAGAAAGAUUAAUAGAUAACAACAAAUCAGCGUUUGCAAAAGACAAAUACGACGUUGGAAAGGUGAAGGAGUACGAAGCCAGAAUCGAUUUAAUAGUAGAGAGAUACUGCAGUAAAAGACCGUACAGAUGCAAUAUAGAAGACAAAGAAGAAAUAGAAAAACAGAUAGCCAAA